GGGCUCAGUUUGGUACAGACAAGACAAUGAAUGCCUGCCAUGGUUCUGACAGUCCAUCAUCGUCUGCUCGAGAGCUGGAGUUCUUCUUCCCAUCAUCAGGCCCCAGUCGGCGCAACACCGCCGUCUUCCAGGACUGUACCUGCUGUGUCAUCAAGCCCCACGCAGUCAAGUCAGGUAUUGCUGGGAAGGUGAUCAGUGGCAUCACCGAUGCAGGGUUUGAAGUCACGGCCAUCGAGAUGUUCCACAUGCAGAAGGCUAAUGCGGAGGAGUUCUAUGAGGUGUACAAAGGCGUUGUCCAGGAAUACAAUGGUAUGGUGGCCGAGCUAACGUCAGGGCCCUGCAUCGCACUUGAAGUUCGUGCUCAGGAUGCACCUAAAACGUUCAGAGAGAUGGCUGGACCCGCAGAUCCUGAGAUUGCACGUCACCUGCGACCACGGACACUGCGGGCUCUGUUUGGGACAGACAAAGUAUGCAACGCUGUCCACUGUACGGACUUGCCUGAAGAUGGCCUCCUUUGA